AUGGGCCUCGGCGAGGAGCAGGCAGGGCGGUUCCUGGACCGGAACCCCGGCUUUGCCGGCCGCUACUUCACGAAGAGGCUGAGCCCGGAGCAGGCGGCCCGGGCCUGGGGGGCCGGGGCCGGGGCCCCCGCGGGCGCCGCCAGCUUCCGGGAGCUGUGCCAGGUGCGCGAGGCGGCGGGGCUGCUGGAGCUGGUGGGGGACGUGCAGGAGGGCGUGAACAUGGAGCGCGUGCUCUUCAAGCUGCUGCGCCGCCUGGGCCCGCUGCUGCGCGCCGACUGCUGCAGCCUCUUCCUGCUGCGGCAGCGCAACGGCCAGGCCGAGCUCGCCACCCGCCUGUUCGGCGUCCGGCCCGGCCGCGCCCUGGAGGAGUGCCUGGUGCCCCCGGACGCGGAGAUGGUCUUCCCGCUGGACAUCGGCGUCGUGGGCCACGUGGCCCAGACCAAGAGGACGGUGGCCGUGCCGGCCGUGCGCGAGAACCCCCACUUCAGCCCCUUUGCGGACGAGCUGACCGGCUAUGAGACACGGAGCCUCCUGGCCACGCCCAUCAUGAACGGCAAGGACGUGGUGGCCGUGGUCAUGGCCGUGAACAAGCUGGACGGGCCGGGCUUCACCCCCGAGGACCAGGACGUUUUCCUCAAGUACCUGAACUUUGGGGCCUUGAACCUGAAGAUCUACCACCUGAGCUACCUGCACAGCUGCGAGACGCGCCGCGGACAGGUGCUGCUGUGGUCGGCCAACAAGGUGUUCGAGGAGCUGACGGACAUCGAGCGGCAGUUCCACAAGGCCUUCUACACGGUGCGGGCCUACCUCAACUGUGAGCGAUACUCCGUGGGCCUCCUGGACAUGAGCAAGGAGAAGGAAUUCUUCGACGUGUGGCCCGUCCUGAUGGGGGAGGCCCAGCCGUACACGGGCCCUCGGACGCCCGACGGCCGCGAGAUCCUCUUCUACAAGGUCAUCGACUACAUCCUCCACGGCAAGGAAGACAUCAAGGUCAUCCCCACACCUCCUGCCGACCACUGGGCCCUGGCCAGCGGCCUCCCAACCUACGUGGCGGAGAGCGGCUUUAUCUGUAACAUCAUGAACGCUGCCGCGGACGAGACGUUCGCGUUCCAGCAAGGCCCCCUGGACGACUCCGGCUGGGCCAUCAGGAACGUCCUGUCCAUGCCCAUCGUCAACAAGAAGGAGGAGAUCGUGGGGGUCGCAACCUUCUACAACAGGAAGGACGGGAAGCCUUUCGACGAGCAGGACGAGGUGCUCAUGGAGUCCCUCACUCAGUUCCUGGGCUGGUCCGUGCUCAACACCGACACCCACGACAGGAUGAACAAGCUGGGCAACCGCAAGGACAUCGCCCAGGACAUGGUGCUGUACCACGUGCGGUGCGACCAGGACGAGAUCCAACGCAUCCUGCCGACGCGGGAGCGCCUGGGGAAGGAGCCGGCCGACUGUGAGGAGGAGGAGCUGCGGGAAAUCCUGAAGGAGGUGCUGCCCGGGCCCAGCAAGUUCGGCAUCUACGAGUUCCACUUCUCGGAUCUCGAGUGCACGGAGCUGGAGCUGGUCAAAUGCGGCAUCCAGAUGUACUACGAGCUGGGGGUGGUCCGCAAGUUCCAGGUGCCCCAGGAGGUGCUGGUGCGGUUCCUGUUCUCCGUCAGCAAAGGCUACCGGCGCGUCACCUACCACAACUGGCGCCACGGCUUCAACGUGGCCCAGACCAUGUUCACGCUGCUCACGACGGGGAAGCUGAGGAGCUACUACACCGACCUAGAGGCCUUCGCCAUGGUCACCGCCGGCCUGUGCCAUGACAUCGACCACCGCGGCACCAACAACCUGUACCAGAUGAAGUCCCAGAACCCGUUGGCCAAGCUGCACGGCUCCUCCAUCCUGGAGCGGCACCACCUGGAGUUCGGGAAGUUCCUGCUGGCGGAGGAGAGCCUGAACAUCUACCAGAACCUGAACCGGCGGCAGCACGAGCACGUGAUCCACCUCAUGGACGUCGCCAUCAUCGCCACGGACCUGGCGCUUUACUUCAAGAAGAGGACCAUGUUCCAGAAGAUCGUGGACGAGUCCAAGGGCUACGAGGACCGGCGGAGCUGGACCGAGUUCCUGUCGCUGGAGACGACGCGGAAGGAGAUCGUCAUGGCCAUGAUGAUGACCGCCUGCGACCUGUCGGCCAUCACCAAGCCCUGGGAGAUCCAGAGCAAGGUGGCACUGCUGGUGGCAGCGGAGUUCUGGGAACAAGGGGAUCUGGAAAGGACGGUUCUGGACCAACAGCCCAUUCCCAUGAUGGACCGGAACAAGGCAGCUGAGCUCCCCAAACUGCAGGUCGGCUUCAUCGACUUCGUGUGCACUUUCGUGUACAAGGAGUUCUCCCGCUUCCACGAGGAGACCCUGCCCAUGCUGCAGCGCCUGCAGGACAACCGGCAGCACUGGAAGGCGCUGGCUGACCAGCACGAGGAGCGGGUGCGGGCCCUGGAGGAGGAGCGGCAGCAGGAGCAGACCGUGGCCAGGAAAGGGGGCACAGGAAUCUGUAACGGAGGCCCGGCGCCCAAGUCCUCGACCUGCUGCAUCCUGUGA